AUGGUUCACCUCACUUACCCCUUCAAGGCUCUUCUGACCUUUGUCGUUCUGGCUCUACCUGCCUGCGUCGAAGCUCAGCCUAUCGUCGACUCCAACAUCGAAAACAAGGCACACGGUCCUCCCCCUUUUGCUCACAAGAAGGGCGGCCCUGAGGAAGGUGCAAAGGGCUACGGUGGCAAACCCAAGGGCGACGAGAAGGGUGGCAAGGAAGAAGGAAAAGGCAAGCCCGACGGUGUAGAGGAAAGCGGCAAGCCUGGCGGAGACGAGAAGGGAAAGAAGGGUGGUGAUGAGAAGAGUGGAAAGCCCACCGGUGUGGAGGAAGGAGGCAAGUCUGGUGGUGGUGACGAGAAAGGAGGCAAACCUGAGGGCAAAGAAGACAAGAAGGAUGAAAAGGCCAAGGGUGGCUCAGGCUCUGGUUCCGAAAGCGGCGAGUCUCACGGUGAAGAAUCCAAGGGCUCUUCCAGUGGACCUUCCGGCGGCGCUGGUACGGACUCUGGCAAGGAAAGCCAGGGUGGUUCGGAUGGCCAAGGUGGUCCCGAGAGCUCCAGCGGUAGUCAGGGCCCCUCCUCUUGA